UCUGACGCGUGCUGGACCCAAAGGGGAAGUGCCCCCCCACCAUCUGCCUCUAACAGUCUGCAAAAUCCACAUGUGUGCACGUCCGCACCAAAGACUCUUUUCUUGCCUUUGAAUUAUUUCUCUUCUGCCCAAAACUUUCCACCAGCUCAAAGGGCAGGUAACUUCUACACUACUUUUAGAUACCGGAAGACGGGGCAGGGCCAAGCAGAGAAGAUGGCGACGGUGCUUGCUGUACUUCUGCUUUCUGUGUUGUCGUGCGGCAAGGCUCCCUGGUGCAGCGCUGAUCUUUGUGUGUGUGUCCACAGCUGAAGAGAAGACAAAGCUCAUGAAUGGGAUUGUUAAUGGCACUGUGGACUUAGAACCAGGGAUUCCCAUCCUGGAGAGAUAUCAGCAAAUCAAAUGGUUUUACAACCAUACCCAGCAGAUCCUGAAGAAGCAGAAGGGCAAGUCGGUUCAUUACAAUAAUGAGUAUUUUAAGAACAAGACAAAAUUGUUUGAGAACGGCACUCUGCGUAUCGUGAGGCUUCGGAAGGAAGACAGCAGCAAAUACAAGAUAAUUGUGGAAGAUGAAAAAGGCCUCGAGAUCCCUAUAAUGAUCCAGCUGAACAUCUAUGCUCCUGUCCCGAAGCCCAGGUUGAAUGUCACUUCUUUAAAAAAGACCAAAGGAGGGUGCAGUGUCACCUUGAAGUGCUCUGUCAGUAUCCCUGAUGUGACGUACACAUGGUACAAGGAUGACAAGAAAUGCAGUUAUUCCGAGUUAAAUGGAGACCUGGUCCUCUCUCUCACAUCAGAAAGCAACAUAAUGUACAACUGUACUGUCUGCAACUCCGCCAGCUGCAACACUGAGUCCAUAUAUUACCGAGGCGACUGCCAAUGGCAAGACAGGAACACUGCCUCGUCCACGUUCCGGCUGGCAGCUGAUUCUGCGGUGACUCUCGGGAUCCUCCUGCUCCUCCAUAACUUGCUAUGAGGCUGGGGGCCCAGGGAGGUGAGCACAGUCCUGGAUCCCAUCCUGCCUUCUGUUCUGCGAUGCACUGAGGCCACCUGCACACAAAUCCACUCAGAAGCAGCACCACAAUAUAGCCCAGAAGCAGCAACAUGAUGUGUCCAAGCCAUACUGUGAUAUAGCCACCAGUACUGCAAUGUGGUGACCCAUAUCUCUGUCAACAGGAACCAGCUGGAGAUGAACAUUGUCCUAGAGAAUGACAGCAAUGUAGGGUGGGAAAGAGACCUCAAGGGGACAUCUCCUCCUCACCCCAGCAGCGAGGCAAGACGUGGGUCUGGACUAGGAUUGGCAAGCUGGUCAACUGACCAGUCAAAUAUUAUCAAUUGACUGUAUGUUUUUUGUAGUCAAAGAGCAAUUUUACCAAAACAAUAUACAUUUUUUAAUCGCUUGAUAGAAAUGUGAUUUUUUAAAUUGUUUUUUGACACAUUUCUUAAUGAAAUAUCUGUGCUUUUGCGAUGUAUUAUUUAGACCAAAUGGCAUUUUUUAAACCAGUUUUGAUCAGUAAGAUACCCAAUCCUAGUCUAGACACAUGUCCUGAGAAGCCUUUGUCCCACCUGCUCCUAAUGAGCUAUAACGAGGCAGGUUCCACCUCUGCCCCGGUGUUUCAGCUGGGCACUAAAAGGGCCUGGCUUUACUGCGGGCUAACUGGCAGUUCUAGCGCUGCAAAGGGGUCAGGUGCAAUUCAGGCUGUCAGUGCACAAACCUGUUAGCUGCUCUCAAAGGGAAGGGAGGCUCACCUAGCACCUGUUGUCUGCCAGCGACUGGGCACCUUCAGUGCUAUUGGGGGUGACUUGCCCUUGCAGCCUUGACAGCAAUAAAGAAAUGACAGCAAGUGAGGGCUCAUGCCGGGGUGAGGAUGGUCGAUCUAGUCUACCGUUACUGUGUGCACGGGGACCUGGAGACAACGGGAUGGGGGCGAGAGAGCUUGCAAACAAAGCGGCUUUGGGGUUAAUACUACCUGCUUUUCGGUAAAAUCUUGCUGCCCCUGGAAGUGAGUGGGAAAGGUUCACCCCCUUGCAGCCAAUUUGCAAGAGAGUCGGCUCGAGCUGCAUCAGCCUGCGUCCUCGGCAUGGAAAGUGCUGGCUUGAAUCUUCCGAGCAGCCGCCAAGACAUGUCAUGGUCCUGCUUCUGGGACUUGGGCUUGAAAAAUAAACUUUUCAAGCAUAUCAAUGAAUGUUUUGCUUGGGUGCGUCACAUGAACUGGCUGCCAAACAGUUUCAUAAUUACAUGGUGCAGUGGGUUGGGUAAUUGCUCACUCCAAGUUGUUCUGUGUUUGUUUACAGUCUUUUGCCACUGUCUUUAGUGCUCCAGGGCAAACUGUGCUGGCAGGAGUCCAUGUAACCAAACUCAAUCCAUAAAUAAAACAUAGAGCACGGGGUCUUUUCUCAGACCCAAAGAGAGCUGUUAGGUGUGAUUUUGCCUUGCCCCCUCUACCCCUUUUUUCCCUCUGGUCCCAACAGGAAGGGCUCACUUACAGACCCUGGUCCUCUGGGAGAGCAGCACCCUUGGCAUGAUGUUCAGGAUCCUCCACGAGGUGACCUGCUGGCUCUCCCCUUCUUGAUACUCCGUUCUUACUUUCAGCUUCCCACUCCCUGGGAGCUCUCCCUCCAGCCCUGCUGUGGCUCUUAACUCCUAAUAUUCCUCUCCAUUUGGGAGCCUUUAGCUUCCCGUGGCCAGGUAAUUAUCCCCCUCAACUGGCCCAGUCCUCCUAGGCUGGCUGUAAUCACUCUUGACUGUCUGCAGCUGGGUGGUAGCCCCUUGCAGCCUGCUACACACAGUACUUCUCCACGUGAGGCAAAAGCAUAUCACUAAGUUAAUUAAUUUGUACUGCCCUACUGCAGCCUCAGUCAUGGGGGAAAAGGUGCGGUUACAGACACCUUGACUACAACAUUCCCUAGUCUUCGAGUACUUCACUUUACAAUUUGUUCAGAGACAAUUCCCUCUGCACCCCUGUGGGACACCUGUUUUGUACCCUCAUUAAAUGAAAUAUGGCACA